AAUAACUAUAUAACAAUGUUUCUGCAGCUCCUCACUGCACGAAACAGAAAAUGAAGGCGCUUUGAAAACGAGCAGGCAGAGAUGAAGCAUAUAUAUCCGAAAUCAAAACACCCUAUUCGUCAUUAAUUCGUGUAGAAGCUGAGCGAGAGUUCAUUUCAUUCGGCUGGGACUGAGCUAGCGUUUCUGGAUGAGCAUGUCUCUUGCACAGCGAGUGCUCCUCACCUGGAUCUUCAGCCUCAUCUUCCUCAUCAUGCUGGUCCUCAAGUUGGAUGACAAAAUCCACUGGAACUGGUUCCUCGUCUUUCUUCCCGUCUGGACAUUCGACACCAUUCUCCUGCUCAUGCUCAUUGUGAAAAUGGCUGGCCGCUGUAAGCCAGGUUUCGACCCGCGCAAUGCAGGCGACAACUUGAAGAAGCGAGUUUGGUACCUGGUGGCCAUUUUGUUAAAGCUGGCCUUUAGUCUAUUGCUAUGUGCGAGGCUGCAGGAUCUGACUAACAUCUGGCUGAGUUUCAUUUGUAUCCCUCUGUGGGCUCUUCUUAUCGGCGCCAUGGUGGAGCUCGGCUACAACGUCUUCCACUUCUGAAGAGACUGAGCAGGAAGACGCUUAUUGACUGAGCAGGAAGUUGUAAAUAUAAUUUGUGCACUGUGUAUAACACUCUCUUAUUUAUAAGUGUCCAUGUGGUUUAGAAUGACAACACAUUUAGGAAUCUGCUGCCUAAGAGCAGGAAUAUCUGUUCCUAAAGAUUGAAAAGCUUAAUUAAUGGACACAUUGGUGACUGGUGAUGAUUUACAGUGAUGCUUGAAAGUUUGUGAAACCUUUUGAAUUUUCUAUAUUUCUGCAUAAAUGACCUAAAACAUCAGAUUUUCACACAAGUCCUAAAAGAUGAUAAAGAACUAAAUUAAACAAAUGAGACAAAAAUAUUAUAGUCAUUUUUUUAUUGAGGAAAAUGAUCCAAUAUUACAUACCUGUGAGUUGCAAAAGUAAAUCAGGGGACUACUCCUGAGGAGGGUAACAAUGGUCUUUAAUUUUCUCCAUUUGUACACAAUCUGUCUGACUGUUUUUGGUGGAGUCCAAACUAUUUAGAGACGGUUUUGUGACCUUUUCCAUCCUGAUGAGGAUCAUCAACCAUAUUUCUGAGGUCCUCAGAAAUCUCCUUUAUUCAUGCCAUGAUACACUUCCACAAAUGUGUUGUGAAGAUCAGACAUUGAUAGAGCCCUCACUCACACCUGUUUAUCCCAUUGAUUGAAAUCACCUGACUCUAAUUUCACCUUCAAAUUAACUGCUAAUCCUAGAAGUUCACAUUCUUUUGCCACUCACAGAUGUGUAAUAUUGGAUUAUUUCCCUCAAUAAAUGAAUGACCAAGUAUAAUAUUUGUGUCUCAUUUGUUUAAUUAGAUUCUCUUUAUCUAUCUUUUUUGGGACUUGUGUGAAAAUCUGAUGUUUUAGGUCAUAUUUAUUUACAAAUAUAGAAAAUUAAUAAACUUUUAAGUACCACUAUGUUGUGGGUAGCACGUCCUACAUGCUGUGUCUCUUGCUGUGUCUCUUAACGUCCUGUGUCUCUUUGGAUUACACAAUUUCUUCUUUACCCCAAAUGCAGGCAAUCAUCCAGGACCUAUUUUGUGUAUGAAGCAUUUAAUUUUUGCACUGGAUCUAUUAUAUAAUGAUGCUAACAAGUAAAGGGAACUUCAUAGCUUCCAGUUUAGCAUUGUGCACAUGUCAUGAUUAAAAUAUAACAUUCACCUCAAAUGUCAAACUUUUCCUGAGCAACUCCUACACAAAAUAGCACACCUACAAAUCAAACUGGAAUUGUAUCAUCUGGAUGACUUUUAACUACAAUUCUGCAUUCCAGAAUGUGAAACUGGAUGCAAUAAACCUGCCUUAUUAACGUAAGUUACCACUGGAGCUUCAUGAUGAAAGAAGCAGGCCUUGAAUAUCAAAUGUGUCUUUACUUGUUCCUUCAAAGUGUGUUUAGAGAUUUCUGCUUGCAGACAUCUUGUUGAAUUUUGGGUAUUAUCACAAUUGUUCACUUGUUAAAUAAUUGUGCAAUCAUCAAACCCACACUGUAAAAUAGUGUUCAAUUGAUGCUCUCCAUGAACAGUACAAGAUGCUUGUCUCUCAGCAGAAACAAAUUGCUUGUUAUUGCUUUACAUUAAUGUACACUAAACUAACAUUAUUUAUUGCAGUAGUGUUAACAUUAAUGAACCAAAAACCUCAGUUUUAAUAAACUCAACUUAGCAAUGUAAGUUUGCACCUGUAUUAAUUGAUGAUUGUGUAAAUGCUAUAUAUACACUCCUGUGUUAACGAAAGGUUAAUUCCAUGCAAAAUUUACUAAAGGAACAGUUGAAAAGACAAACAAAUGCACCUUUGAAAAGCUGCAUUGAAAAAAAAAAAAGACAAACAAAAGUCCUCUGUGCUGAUGACCUUGUGUUGGAAAAUUUUAUGUUACAGAUUUACUUCUGACUGUUAUAACAUUCUGACAAUGGAGACUUCCAAAAUGUUGAUGAUAACAUUGACAUUAAUUAAUUCUUUGUGUUUAAUGUUAUUUUAGUCUACAUUGAUGUAGAGUGUUACUUGUAUUUGAAAGACUUUUAGAAAUUUCAUAAGUACCCAGUGCAGAAAGAUUCCUCAUACAGGUCUGGUGUCCAGACACAACUUAACUAACUAUGAUUAAUCUUGUGGACAUGCACCCAAACAACCUAAUAUAACCAAUCAAUAUAACGGCAGAAUCCAACCAUGGAAACUGACCAGUUAAGGGUCUUGCUCAAGAGACCAACUGUGGUUCUUUACUAAUGCAUUUCCACCAGUACAGUGCAGGAACUUGCUCAAGGGCCUUGGAUUUGAACACACAACCUUCUGAUCAGUAACACAAAGCCUUAAUAACUGAGCCACCCCCCUCUCCCUCCCAAAAGAGACAACUUUCCAUUUCAAUUUCGACACUUAAAAACGUGCUGGUCUGAAAUUGACCGUUUGGUUAUGUUGGCGCUCAAGCAAGUCAAGUUAUUUUACAUGACCACCAAUGAAAAGGUAAACACACAGAGUGUUUAAAGAUCCAGUGUCUUUCAUCUUGCUGGUUAUCUUUAUCUAUGACAGUGUUUUUGUGCUGUGUGUAGACGAUGAAUGAUUUGUUCUCAAAGCCAGAAGUAAAACAUGUAAAAUUCUCCAGGCUUCUUGUUGUUUUUAGUCCAUUUGUCAGGAAAUGUCUACAUUUUAUUACGUAAUGGUCCAGAUUUCUAACUGGUAGGAACUAGUAGAAGCAGAUUUUUUCCCUCUGUUGUAUUUUUGGACACUGUUUCUCAUCAUCAUUUGUUCAUUCCAGACACCAAGAGUGGAAACUUGUCUCCAUUUCACAGAACUCUUGUAAGUUGUGGGAAAAAAAGAAAUGGCUAAUUUAAUAGAGUAAUAGGUGAACUUCACACGCACUUGGCUCAGAGAGUGAUAGUUGACGUUAGUCUUUGUGUGAUGUUAUGUUGCAUUUAACUGGAAAGAAUCUUGUUUACACUGGACCAAUUAUCCAGCAAAGACAUACUAAGUGUCCUGGAUGCAAUUUAUACAAGUACCAGUGAUAUCUAUUGUGAAUUGGUUUGUUUUUUUUGUUUUGUUUUUUUGUCCCUUUUCUGUAAAUUUAAUUGAACGUUAACCUUUCUUCUAAGAAAUAUUUGGUCUCUGUGAUCUGUUGAAAUCAACAGUUUGUUAAUGUUUCUAUAAAUAUCUGGAACUACAGAGACAAGAGGGUUAGCUAAUUUUUCAUUGUUACAGGCUUUUAGCCUCAUUUGAGACCUGGGUAGAGAUUUGAUGCUCUCCAGACUUUGGCUUUUGCUGUAGUCAAGUGCUAACAUUAACAUUCCAGGCAGGACAGUUUGGUUAAGAAUGGUUUAGGCCAAAUGUGUAAAUGCUUGUGUCUUCAGUUCUGUUUCACAUGUUGUGGACUCUUUGGAUAUUGAGAUGUUUUUUUAAACCCUGAGUUAUAUUAAAAGUUAAAUUGUUGCUCUAA